CUUGGACCCCUACGUGCGUAUACCGGUAUGCCGAGGGUGAUUACAAAUGAAGAUCGAUUCAAUUCAAUUCAGCCAUAUCCUAUAUAUACUUGUCUAUCUCUGACAAUCCUCCUGGUGCCGAGGUCCUCAAUUACUUCUCACCUAUCAAUUGACCGUUAAGAGUCUAACUACCCCGCCAUGGCAGUCCAAAACAAAGCCCUCAUCUUCAAAAAAGUGCCUACGCACGUCCCCAUCUCCGGUACACACAUCGCCGUUGAAGACCGCCCCUUCGACCUCUCCCAACCUGCGCCGGAGGGCGGCGCCCUCGUCAAGGGCCUUUACUUCAGCCUUGACCCGUACAUGCGCGGCCGCAUGCGCUCGCCCGAAGCCAAAAGCUACUCCCCACCGUACACGCUCGACGCGCCUAUAACAGCGUACUCGCUCGUGCAAAUCCUCAAAUCAAACUACCCCAAAUACUCGCCUGGCGACGUUGUCUUUGGCCGCUUCGAGCUCGCCGAGUACAGCCUUGCGACCAAGGAUGUACUGGACUGGGACCAGGUAGCCAAGAUCGACAACCACUAUGGCGUGCCGCUCUCCAAUUUCCUCGGGAUAUUAGGCAUGACCGGGUUAACGGCGUACUCGAGUCUGUAUGAAAUCGGCAAGCCGAAACGUGGCGAAACGAUCUUUGUCUCGUCGGCUGCGGGCGCCGUGGGACAGAUUGUUGGCCAGGUUGCAAAGCAUGAAGGGUUACGGGUGAUUGGCAGCGUAGGGGAUGACGAUAAGCUUGAUUUUAUAUUGAAUGAGUUGGGGUUUGAUGGCGGGUGGAAUUAUAAGAAGGAGAAAGCGCAUGAUGCGCUCAAGAGGCUGGCGCCGGGCGGUGUGGAUAUCUAUUAUGAGAAUGUUGGCGGCGAGCAAUUGGAGGCUGCGCUGGAUUUUAUGAAUACACAUGGACGGAUUGUGACGUGCGGCAUGAUCUCGCAGUACAACCUGCCUCCGGCCGAGAGAUACGGCAUCAAGAACCUCUUCCACAUCAUCAGCAAACGCCUCAAAAUCGAGGGGUUCAUCGUCGGCGACGCGAACUUUGGGCCCAAGUACUACAAGGAGCGCAACGAGCGGAUUGGCGCGUGGAUCGCCGACGGCAGCAUCAAGGACAAAGAGCACAUUGACGAUGGAAUUGACAAGGCGGCCGAUGCGUUUGUGGCGAUGCUGGAGGGCAAGAAUUUCGGCAAGGCGAUUCUCCGGGUUGCUGAUCCGUGAUCACUUUAUUAUCAGUAAAGAGAGAAAAAUAUCCAAGUAGCUGGAUGAGACCAGGCAUUUCGUAUUGCCAUCAGCGUGCAUUGCAAUGUAAUUAUUACUAGUCGUAGCAUUAUACUAAGUAUUAUGUAGUGGGCUUCCCCGCAUUCUGCUCUAGUGAUGACCCUGUGCCCUGAAAUAGUAUUACCCCUCCUCAAUAGCCUGCAGUUCAACCAGAGUAAUCAUAUUUGAUUAUUAGUCUUGCAUGCCUCCUGAUCACCGAUCACUGAUCAGGCAUCCCUGAGUCUCACCUGACCCAAUUCCGCUUUGGGCGUGACCA